AUGGCUGGUUCGGCAUUACGACGGUUAAUUGCUGAAUAUAAACAAUUAACAAAUAAUCCACCGGAUGGAAUUUUAGCGGGACCUAUUAGUGAUGAGAAUUUUUUUGAAUGGGAAGCACUUAUUACAGGACCUAAUGGUACACCAUUUGAAUUCGGAGUCUUUAUUACUCGUCUUCAUUUUCCAAGUGAUUAUCCAUUAAGUCCACCGAAAAUGAAAUUUGUUAGUGAAAUUUUUCAUCCAAAUGUUUAUCCCGAUGGAAGAGUAUGCAUUUCAAUUUUACAUGCACCUGGUGAUGAUCCAAUGGGCUAUGAAACAAGUGCUGAACGAUGGAGUCCUGUACAAAGUAUCGAGAAGAUUUUACUUUCAGUAGUUUCCUUACUUGCUGAACCAAAUGAAGCAAGUCCAGCAAAUGUUGAUGCUGCAAAAAUGUUCCGAGAAAAUCGUGAAAAAUUUGAUGAGACGGCAAAACGUAGUGUUCGAAAAACAUUGGGACUUUAA